UGUUUGUACCAUUCCAAAAUAAGGCCAUUUUCCUCUAUCCUCUAUCCUCUAAUCCAAAUCCAAAUCUUGUGUUUGGUGUCUGAAAAUGGUGGUGAGCGAGAGAGGUUGUGACUCAGAAGAAGAGAUGAACAUGGACCUGAGGAAAGGUCCAUGGACGGCUGAAGAGGACACGCUGCUCAACAAUUACAUUACCAUCCACGGCGAAGGCCGCUGGAACUCCCUAGCUCGCUGCGCAGGUUUGAAGAGAACUGGGAAGAGUUGCAGGCUGAGAUGGUUGAACUACUUGCGACCUAAUGUCAAGCGCGGAAACAUUACGCUGCAAGAACAGCUGCUUAUCCUCGAGCUCCAUUCUCGCUAUGGAAACAGGUGGUCCAAAAUAGCCCAACACCUGCCUGGGAGGACAGACAAUGAGAUCAAAAACUACUGGAGAACAAGGGUUCAAAAGCAGGCAAAGCAGCUCAAAUGCGAUGUUAACAGCAAGCAAUUCAGAGACACCAUGCGCUAUGUGUGGAUGCCACGCUUGGUCGAGCGAAUCAAAGCUGCCGGAGGCGAUUCCACCCCCACCGCCCCCGCCACCUACGGUCACCAUAUGUCAAGUCAAAUUCUGGAUAUGCCCAGAAACGGCGAGUUUGGGUUGGGGUACUCAGACCCAGGUCUCCGUCCAGAGUUCUCCGGGGGGCCCUCAGAGGGGUCGGAGACCCAGGUGUCGCCGGUAUCAGACAUGACAGACUACUACGAUUUCUCUGGCGGGAACUGCUCGGACAGUCAGCAAAACGGGGUCCUUUCAUACCCAGAACAAGCGGAUACAUCAUCUGGGUGCUUGGAAUUUGAGGGGCUUGAGCAGAGCAAUGGGUGGUCGUUGGGAGGUGGGGACUCACUGGAGAAUUUGCUGAAUGAUGAGGAUAUUUGGUUCUUAAAGCAACAGUUCUUUGACGACUUCUAGGAAAAUGCAUACGCUUGCCUAACACGUGGAGACACUGUGAACCUCAUCAUCUCUCCAUGUUUGAUGAUUUUACACAGAAUCAGAUCGGAGAUUUCAAUUUUCAACAAACAAAGAAUCCAAUAUCAUCACAAAAAAGGAACGAUAGAAAAUUUUAACCACUAAAAAUGAAGUACAUAAAAGAGAGCAGACAGUAGGCUACUUUUCAAUUCACCACUUCCCUUUGUUUCUUUAAGCUCCUGUAAUUUUCCUUUUUUGGGUUGAUAUUGAAAUUCUUUAAUAACAUCCUUUCAUAUAUUUUUUUCUUA